AUUUACUGCUGCAGACGAAAUCUAGAAAGCUUUGGCAACGUCAAACGUUUGAUCGUCUGGAUUAAACGUCAAACUUUUAGGCCGAUUCUGUCGAGACUCUAUCGUUUCCUCCUAGAAUUGAUCCUUUUCCCAGAAUUUUCAUAUUUUGUGCUUAACUUCAAGCUAAAUCUUUUCUUGCAACCAUGUCGGUCACUCUUCAUACUGAUGUCGGAGACAUGAAAAUUGAAUUGUUUUGCGAGGCAUGCCCCAAAGCUUGUGAGAACUUCCUGGCUCUUUGCGCUAGUGAUUACUACAACGGAUCCCUCUUUCAUCGGAACAUCAAGGGCUUUAUUGUCCAAACUGGUGAUCCAACCCACACAGGGAAGGGUGGGAAUUCCAUCUGGGGAAGAAAAUUUGAGGAUGAGUUUAAGGACAAUUUAAAACAUAGCACUCGUGGAAUGGUAUCAAUGGCUAACAAUGGUCCUAACACAAAUGCUAGUCAAUUUUUUAUUACUUAUGGACCGCAACCACAUCUUGAUCUUAAAUAUACCUUGUUUGGAAAAGUGAUUGAUGGAUUUGAAGCAUUGGAAGAACUAGAAAAACUGCAAGUCAACCCCAAAAACUACAAGCCGCUCAGUGAGACAAGGUUACAAUCAGUUACCGUACAUGCAAAUCCACUUGCAGGCUAGUAAAGUAAAUUUUAUAAAAAGAC